AUGGCUCUUGUCCCUCUGCAGAAGACGUAUGGAAGACGUAUGCAGAUAUAUGGAGGAUGGGAAGACUGCUUCAGCUACUGAUAUUGGCUUUGAUACUACUGAUCUGCAUUUAUGUAUUAUUUGUAUGUCAAUUCAACCAGUGCCUGCUGAAUGUGUCACCAUCCAAUCAUCUCAAAUACAACCACACUAGCUUCACAAGUUGUGGUGGAAUCACCAACAGGACAUUUACACCAACCAAUGACUCCUCAAUAAGUAAAGAGGAAUGGGAAUCUCUGCUCACAGAGCUACAAUGGUCAUUACCGCCUGUUGUCCCCUUAUCCACAGAUGAGGCCACAAACCCCACUAAGUGCUCAUUCUCUGUUGUCAACCCCAAUUCAAACCACACAGUUGGAGGGUUUAUAGAUGUGAUUUUGAUAGCUAGAGAUACUAAAAACAGGAUCAAAACCUAUGGAGGGGACUUUUUUCAGGCCAAGUUGUUUAACUCAGAACUUAAGGCCAGUACUUAUGGAGCUGUAACAGACCACUUUAAUGGCACCUACACUGCCCGUCUGGCCCUGCUUUGGCCCGGACCUGCCAAGGUGUCCAUCCGCCUAGUGCACUCCAGCGAGGCUGUGCAGGUACUGUGUAGGCAAAGGGAACAGGACCCAGAUAAGGUCUACUUCCAAGGCUACUUUGAGGAGGGUGGCAAGCAGGAAACGGUGAUGUGCAAUGCCCAGAGAAGUCCUAGGCUGGUGGGGAAUGACGCACAGUGUUGCUGUGAGUACAGAGAGCCAGUCACUGGGGAGACCUGGUUCUGUCGUCGGCCAUCUUCCCUGCCUUGCCAUGCUUUGACCUACCACAGCAUGGGCGGUUACCAGGCAGUACUCUCCAAGGUGGAGACGACCCUUCUAAAGAGUUCCACAAACAUUAUUGUACCAGGUGACGAUUCAGCUAUCGAUGUCCAGCAACAGGACACUGAAAUCCGAUCACAAACAAAAUGUCGUCCUGGUUUGCACACCUCAGUACCAGCUGGAUUCUACUUCCAGGAUCACUGGACGUCCCUGGUGUGUGACUCAAAAUCCUUUCCCUCAGCUAAACUGAUAUCUGGAUGCCUGAAGGACAAACAGAUCCUUAUGAUGGGGGACUCCACUCUCCGUCAGUGGUUUGAUUACCUGGAGGAAACUGUGCCAACAUUGAUACGCCUGAACCUUCACACAUCAAGCAAAUCGGGCCCCUUUGAGGCAGUCGACACCCAGUCCAACACCCGUAUCAUCUGGCGGGCCCAUGGGAUCCCUAUACGGACAAGCAAGACCCCUUGGGCUGACCUUCACUACAUCGCCAGGGAGGUGGAGGAUAUGGCAGGGGGUGCACACUCUGUAGUCGUCUUCACCAUCUGGGCUCAUUUCACCACAUACCCAUUGGCUAUGUACGCACACCGUCUGGUCGUCAUCCGUAGGGCUGUGGUGUCGCUCCUUAGCCGAUCUCCCACUACCCUGGUAGUGAUCAAGUCAGCCAACACGGGCUACAAGGAUGUGUACGGCAGCGACUGGCUCUCCUGGCAGCUCGACAUGGCACUCAGGGAAAUAUUCAAGGACUUGCCUCUGGUCCUCAUUGACGUUUGGCAGAUGACCUCCUGCCACUAUUCUCCGGACAACAUUCACCCACCCUCUGUGGUGAUCCAAAAUGAAGUGGAUCUCUUCCUGUCCUUUGUUUGUCCACAGUGAAAAAUGUUGU